AACGUAACUGUCAACAAAACAUACGAGCGCGGAUUCCCGAACGGAAAAGAGUGACCGUUUUUUCAACCAGAAUAGGUUAUUAAUUAUUUUUUUCAAACAUUUGUGGACAUUUCCGGCAGCAGCUUCAACCGGUUCGUGUGACGAAACUGUAAAAGUUAAUUGGACGUUUAAAAUGACUGAUUUUGACUGGGACAACAUCAGCAUCGGGGAACCGGCUUUGAACACAUCCAACAGUUAUUUCUUUCGCGAUUUAAAGAUGGAGAAGGAGGAUGAGCCGGAGUUAGACUGCGGCGCCUCGUCUAGCUCGUCGGGGCGCAGUACCGGCAGACAUCCGGAUGACGAAGCGCUUCGGGAGGAGUAUCAGCGCCAGCAGGCCAAGACAAGGCAGGGGGAGACCUGCGACCGCGCCUAUCGGUACGCUCAGGUAUAUGAGGCCAAGCGGGAGGCGCUGCGCAAGAAGGAAGAGAAGCAACUGCUGGAAAUGAAGAAGUUUCAUGCCCGGCCGGCACCGAACUUCAAACAAGGUGGGAAGAAGGAGAACGUCCUGCCGAAGUUCACCAUUCCGGUUACGCCGAAGCAGAUGAAGCCGGACCGGAUAAAGAAGCAAACGAUGCAGGUCAAGAAAUUGGAGGAUCGCACCAAAGAGCCAGAACCAUCAAAAGAGUUCAAGGCGAACGAUGCCAAAGUACUCAAAGAGGAACCUUUCAAGCCGGCACUGGUCAAAACGGUGGUCAAGCAGACCCCGUUCGAGCUGAGGAUGUCUUCGCGGUUGCAGGAGCGGAAGCAAUUCGACGAGCAGCGUCAGCGCGCUAAAGAGGAAAAGGCUCGCCGCGAAGCGGAAGAACGACGGCUGGCUGAGGAGCGAGAGAUGAAACUGCUGCGCAAACAGAAGGAAUUUAAAGCCAAUCCCAAUCCGUUCAAGUAAGUGGUAGCUUGGUGUGAAUGAUUCAAUUAUUUUGUAUUUUUAUGUUUUACCCGUUUAUGUAUCGUAAUCGUAGUCACUAAACUCCGCGAGACCUGUAUUUCGCUAUCAAAUGCGAUCAAUCGCACUAACGCUAGUUAUUAAGCUUUUAUGUAUAUUCAAUCUGUCUAGGAUUAAACAUAUUUUGCUAACCA